GUUCACAUCAACCAUGGCUGUUAACAUCCCAGGAGUGAUAGUGAUGGUGUUUUUCUACCUGCUGGUCCUUGGGACCGGCAUCUGGGCUUCUUUCAAGUCCAAAAGGGAGCAGAAGAAAAGUGGAGCCACUGGAAUGGAGAUGACCCUGCUGGGAAACCGGAGCAUUAGCUUGGUGGUGGGGAUCUUUACAAUGACAGCUACAUGGAUUGGAGGGGGCUUCAUUGUUGGAACAGCAGAAAUGGUCUACACACCCUCUAUGGGACUUACCUGGGCAAUCAUGAUGAUGAUGGCGUACAGCUCAUCUUUUAUUAUUGCUGGCUUGGUGUUUGCAAAGCCACUAAGAGAAAGAAAGUGUGUUACGAUGCUGGACCCUUUCCUUGCCAAGUAUGGAAAAGGACUAUCAGCUGGACUGUCCAUGGCUGCUGUUUUUAUGGAUCUACUGUGGGUGCCCACAAUACUAAUUGGUUUAGGAGGAACCAUGAGUGUGGUCCUGGAUUUGUCCUACGCUGUCUGCAUCUGGAUCUCUGCUGCCAUCGCAAUUACCUACACACUGCUGGGAGGCCUCUACUCCGUGGCCUACACAGAUAUUAUACAGCUUGUCCUCAUAUUUGUCAGCUUGUGGGUCUGUGUUUCUUUUGUUCUGAUGAACCCAAACACCCUGGACAUUGGUCAGACACUGAUGAACAACACCUUACAUGCUCCCUGGAUUGGUGCACUGGGACUGAAAAAGACCUGGAUAAUGAUUGAUAACUUCUUAUUCUUUGCUUUAGGGAGUAUGGGAUAUCAUUGCUUCCACCAGAGGACCUUGUCUGCUUCGUCCACAUCCACAGCCAAGAUCACUUGCUUUGCCGCUGCUUUCAUUUUACUUGUAUUUGGAAUCCCUCCUAUACUGCUUGGAGCAGCUGCUGCAUCCACAGACUGGAAUCUGACCUCCUACGGUUCUCCAUCUCCAUAUGAACGUGGGGAAUCGACUUUAAUUCUGCCCAUCACCCUGCAGCACCUCACCCCAUCUUUCAUCUCCAUUGUCGGUAUCGGAUGUGUGGCUGCUGCUGCGAUGUCAUCUGCUGACUCUGCACUGCUUUCUGCAUCUUCUGUGUUCACGUCCAACAUAUACAAAACUAUCCUGAGGCCUCAGGCAUCAGACAGAGAGAGUCAGUGGGUGAUCCGUGCUUCUGUGUUGGUAGUGGGCUUGGUCGGGACAUCACUUACCAGCCUGAAAAACAGCAUCCUGUUGUUCUGGUUCAUUUCUGCUGAAGUGGCCUACAUUGUGAUCUUCCCUCAACUUGUCUGCGUCCUCUUCUUCAACAUCUCCAAUGGUUACGGAGCCAUUAUGGGAUGCCUAGUAGGAUGUUUGUUAAGACUUCUCAGUGGAGAGCCAUCAUUAGGGUUAGCACCAGUCAUACACUUCCCAGGAUGCACUCUUGAGGAUGGUGUUUAUGUCCAGUACUCUCCAGUUAAGACCAUUUCCAUGCUGUCUGCAAUUGCUGCCAUCUUGUUGUUCUCCUACCUGGUUUCUGUGCUUUUCAACAAAGGACUGCUUCCUGAGAGGUGGGAUGUGUUCAAAGUUAAAGUCCAGCACUCACCACAACCACUGACACCAAGAGACGCCACCACAGAACAUAAUGAGAGGGAGAAACUGAAUAGAAACAACUCUCAGACCGAGGCAUCAGAGCCAACGAUGAGCACAAGCUGUUAG